UUUCCGAGCGUCUCUUCAAGCGCUAAGAGUUCCUUCCACACGCUCAAUUCUCCAACACAUAGCGCAACGGCAAGGACUUACCCCCCCGCCGAAAAUGCAAGGCACACUCGGAUCCCCCCAAUCUCACACCAUUUGCCACCCCGCCGCCGCCCAAACCCGCGUCCUGCCAUCCUAUGGACACCUUUCCUUCCCCAAUAGACGCACCACCAUCCGAGCCGCCUCCUCCACCGAAACCGUGCCCCCGCCGCCGCAAACCGUCACGGACGACCCAUCUCGAAAGCUCAACAAGUACAGCUCUCGGAUCACCGAACCCAAGUCGCAGGGCGGUUCCCAGGCCGUGCUCUACGGCGUGGGGCUCUCGGACGAGGACAUGGGCAAGCCCCAGAUUGGCAUUUCCUCGGUUUGGUACGAGGGCAACACUUGUAACAUGCACUUGCUGGAGCUGGCCGAAGCCGUGAAGGAAGGGGUCCAGGCGGCCGGAAUGGUCGGCUUCAGGUUCAACACUAUUGGGGUCAGUGAUGCUAUUUCUAUGGGGACUAGAGGCAUGUGCUAUAGCCUGCAAUCUAGGGAUUUGAUUGCUGAUAGCAUUGAGACUGUCAUGGGCGCCCAGUGGUACGAUGGGAAUAUCUCCAUCCCUGGCUGUGACAAGAAUAUGCCAGGUACAAUUAUGGCCAUGGGACGGCUUAAUCGGCCAAGUAUUAUGGUAUAUGGUGGAACUAUCAAG